CUCCUCAAAGGCGACCAGGAUGUCCUAUGCAUUGCAGGGAUGGGUAAGACCCUUGGCUUCUGGAUUCCGUUGCUGUUUCGCAUCAAUAGCAUCCAGCUCGUCGUCACUCCACUGAACCUACUGGGAAAACAAAAUGCAUUAUCUCUUGCGAAGGCCGGCAUCCGGGCCAUUGCUAUCAAUGCAGAAACUGCUAGCGCUGCAAACUUCUCGUACCGCGCUGUUGCAGUCAGUCCUGAACAAAUCAUGAAACCAAAUGGCGAUUUUGAAAAGCUUCUGAAGGACCCAUUGUUCGCUUCUUACCUUGUAGGUAUCAUCAUUGAUGAAGCCCACUGUAUCACGGAAUGGGGCGAGUUCCGUCCAGAAUACCGAGAAUUGGGCCGCCUUCGUUACAUCUUACCA